AAUAUUAAUCUAGUCGUACAAGUGGUACUCGGACCUGGCUACGAAAUGACUGAUAUCGAGCGACAACUACGUACAUUUCUUCAAGAUGUCGCCAAGAAACAAAGAUACAACACCAGUGAAAUUAAAAUUAAACCAAUCAAUUCAGGAGGAGCGAAUUUCACAUCAGAUCUAUACGUAGCUACCAUUCAAGACUCAAUCAAACCAGAUUUACAUCUGUUUGCAAAAGCAGCUUGCCUUAAUGAAGAUACUAGAACAAAGAAUAACUUCCUGGAUAGAAUAUAUGCUACUGAAGAAGUUUUCUACACUGAUUUGGCUGUUCAUUUCAACAGGAUUUAUAAUGAACGCGCUGUUCCAACUGAAGACAGAUUGCUUGUGCCAAAAUUUUACGGAUUGAAAUCGAUUCCUUAUGAAGAAAUAUUGGUUCUCGAAAACCUGGAAGGUAAUGGCUUUACAAGCUUUGAUAGAAGGAAAAUCUUUGACUGGGAGUAUGCAGCUGCAGCCGUUUCACAGAUGGCAAAGUUCCAUGCUGUAAGUCUAGCACUACGUGAUCAACGGCCAAAAGAAUUCGAGCUAAUAAUCAAUAAUUUUGGAUAUCAUGAUUCAUCUAAGGGCCAAGACAAAAUUAUCAUGUACAUGCAACAAGCACUCCGGGAUGUAUAUAAGGUUUUGAACGACGAUUAUAAAACGAGAUUGGUAGAUUUUUUCCGCUCUGUGAACAUGGGGACUUUAAUGCAACGGUUGACAGCGGAUAAACGAUUCCUGAUUCAUGGAGAUUUCAAAACACCCAAUUUAAUGCACAGACGUAAUAACAACAAACUAGAAGUGAUCCUAUUAGACUACCAGACUCUAAAGCUCGGGAACCCAGUGAUGGAUCUGAUGUACUUCAUCUUCUCUGGUUCCGACGAGGAGUUCAGGCGGCGGCACUACCAGCAACUCUUGGACCAUUACUUCAUCGAGCUGACAAUGGCACUGGAGAAACUGCAUAUUGAUGUGGAGAAGGUGUAUCCUAGGAAGAAGUUUGACAUGAAUUUGGAGGAGAUGAAGCCCUUAGGGCUGUUACUCAGUCUCCUCCUAGUCGGGAUAGUGACGGCAGAGCCAGAGGACGCGCCCAAGUUCGGCGGGGACCUGUCCCAGAUGCAGGUCAAGCUCAACCAGCUAGCCCAGGAGCGGUUCAGCGGGAUCGUGGCGGAUUUCAUCCGCUGGGGAGUUCUGUGAUGGAUGAAACUUAGUUUACUUGAAGAUUAUGAUGGUGAGGUGAUCCUGUUAUCCCUCAUUAGGGACAUAGGGCUCUUGGAAUAAUCUUCCACAUUUCAUGAUCCUGGGCGACUAUUUCAAGUUCCCACCAGUUUACUUAGUUUCGUAUUAUUUUUGAUGUCAGAACCUGUUAUUCAGUCUACUACUAGUUGCGAUACAGCGAAAACAUGUGGCACGCAUCCUUGUUACCAUGCCUCGAGAUCAAGAGCCUAUUUUAUUUAGAUAUUAGUUAGCUUUUAAGUUUAGUUUUAGUUUCUUAUACAAUUAAGUUCAUGUAAGUAGGUAAAUUAUUUUAGUUUAAACAGUAGCAUUUAGGCACACUUGCACCUACCACUUAACUCAGGGUUAGUGGGCUGUCAUCUGUUAAAUUCCAUAUAAAAUGGUGGGUUAACCUCGAGUUAACCCUCCAUUUUCGUUAGUGCAACUGGC